AUAUCACCUCUAUCCACAGCCCUGACUGCUUUAACCUGGGGAGUCACUUAGGUGGACUUGUUAAUCAAUGAACCGGUUUAACUUUGUGUUACCUCCCCACUGCCCGGUGUAAUUUCAGUCCUGACAUGCUUGCCUUCUUCACAGCAAGGCUCUGGGAUGAGCGGCCCACGCUGCACACAGUGCCUUGGAGGGGAGCGCAGAGAGGACAGUGGAAAAUGAGGCGCUGGACCCUCGCGCUCUGCUCCACCUGCUUUCUAUAGCAAACAAGGCUUCCCACGCUUCUGGGCUUUGCUGCUUGCCCCUGCCACCCUCCCCACCCCUUUCUGCUACAUGUCAGGGUGUUUUUAAAGCCUUUCCAGAGGAGUUGGGUGUUGGCACCCCCCAAGACUGGGGACUUUGCCUGGGCUGUGCCAGUGUUCCUGCAAAGCCAGAGGUUCCUGGCUACAGCAUCUUGUCCCUCCACUCAGAUUUGGGGUCCGGAAGGAAUUUUACCUCAUGGACAGAUUGGUCUAACUAUACAGAAUGGCUCCUGGACUGCCGGAUAAAAAAAAGGCUGAGGAUGAACAGUCUUCCAAAAAGAAUCUCAUUCAUCUCUGCAACCCUCACCUUGAGCAAAUGAAAGAAGAUGUCCUGUACCAUUUUGCUCUUGGGACUGGUACCCAGGAUUUUCCUACCUUGUUUGGAGAAGUGAAGCAUGGUAUGGGUAUUCCCUCUAUAGCAAUCAUGUUACAUGAGCUGAUCAAACUGUUGCAUCAUGCCAAGUGUUCCAGUGUAACAGUUAUUCGCAUUGGCACAUCUGGUGGAAUAGGUUUGGAUCCAGGCUCAGUGGUCAUAACCAGGCAGGCUGUAGAUGCCACCUUCAAGCCUCAAUUUGAACAGCUUAUACUAGGGAAGAAUGUAAUUCGCAGUACAGACCUAGACGAACAGCUAGCUAACGAACUGAUGCAGUGUAGUAACGAGAUAGCUCAGUUCAAUACAGUCAUUGGAAAUACGAUGUGCACUUUGGAUUUCUAUGAAGGCCAAGCCCGUCUGGAUGGUGCAAUCUGCAGUUACACUGAAGGAGAGAAACUGCAGUAUUUGAAGGAAGCGUAUGAUGCCGGAGUUAGAAACAUUGAGAUGGAAUCAUCAGUUUUUGCUGCUAUGUGUAAGCUUAGUGGUAUCAAAGCUGCUGUGGUGUGCGUCACACUGCUGAAUCGACUUGAAGGGGAUCAGAUCAACACCCCUCAUGAUGUACUUGUGGAGUAUCAGCAGAGACCACAAAAAUUAGUGGGACACUUUAUUAAGAAGUACCUUGGGAAGGUGUGAAGCACCUACACCUGUGUUUGUUAUAAGCAGAAGGCCAGUGUUUCUCCAUAAAAGGUCUCUCUUGCUUCCAAUAGCUUAUAUGCUACCAAAUAGUAUUGAGAUGAAUACUUUCUUUGCAGUAUGCUUCAGAAUGAGAAUGAGCUGAAUUGUUUUAAAUGAAGUUUUAGCUUAUGUAUAUUAUAGGGGGCAUAAGAUAUUUUUCACUUCUGUACCUUAAAAUAGUAUAAUUCUGUACAACAGGUCCUAUGUUAUAUAAAAAUGAGAUUUUAUUUAUGCUCUAAGAAAGAAGAUAAAGCAUAUUUCUUUAAAAGGACUUGCAAAGCCAAAAAUUAAAAUAUAUAAAAAAAAUCGCUACAUUCCUCAUUGUAUCAAAAAGUCCUGUCAGCUCUUAAAAUUGCCUUUGGAACUUCACUUCAUACAACUAAACUUUGGUAACCAUGUCUUCAAGAAGCCCUUAGUGUUUCAUCUGUGACAAA